AUGGACUGUUCUCUCUGUAUAAGAAAAUUUCUAUCCUAUAAAACUCAAUGUCCAACUUGUCGUGUGGCAGUCACAGAGCCGGACCUGAAAAAUAACCGCAUAUUAGAUGAACUGGUAAAAAGCUUGAAUUUUGCACGGAAUCAUCUGUUGCAGUUUGCUUUAGAGUCACCACCCAUAUCUCCUGCAUCUUCCUCUUCAAAGAACCUUGCUGUCAAAGCACACACUCCGGUAGCCUUCAGACAUUCUUUAAAGCAGGGGAGCAAGUUAAUGGACAAUUUCUUGAUCAGAGAAAUGGGUGGUUCUACAUCAGAGUUGUUGAUAAGAGAAAAUAAAAGCAAAUUCAGCCCUCAGAAAGAGGCAAGCACUACUGCAGAGACCAGAGAGACACAUUCUGUAGAAAAGAUGGCUCCAGGCUCCUCAGAUGCUAAUGGUCCUGAGUCACCAUCUACGUCCAUUUUUAAACAAGUUACUAAAGUGGAUUGUCCUGUUUGUGGGGUUAACAUUCCAGAAAAUCACAUUAAUAAGCACCUAGACAGCUGUUUAUCACGUGAAGAGAAGAAGGAGAGCCUCAGAAGUUCUGUUCACAAAAGGAAGCCGCUGCCCAAAACUGUAUAUAACUUGCUCUCUGAUCGUGAUUUAAAGAAAAAGCUGAAACAGCAUGGAUUAUCCGUUCAAGGAACUAAACAGCAGCUGAUUAAAAGGCACCAGGAAUUUGUACAUAUGUAUAAUGCUCAAUGUGAUGCUUUGCAUCCUAAAUCAGCUGCUGAAAUAGUUCAAGAAAUUGAAAAUAUGGAGAAGACCAGGAUGCGUCUUGAAGCUAGUAAACUCAAUGAAAGUGUAAUGGUUUUUACUAAGGACCAAACAGAAAAGGAAAUAGAUGAAAUUCACAGUAAAUAUCGUAAAAAACAUCAGAAUGAAUUUCAGCUUCUGGUGGAUCAGGCCAAAAAAGGAUAUAAGAAAACUGUCAGAAUGUCACAAAACCCAGUAAUAACAAAACAAGAAGAUGAAUCUACAGAAAAGCUAUUAUCUCUAUGCACGGGAAAGGAAGAUAAUAAAAUGAAGUUCUCAGAUAUGACCUCAGUAACAGACUACUUCCCUAAGUCACAGCUGUGUUCCUCAGGAAAAUUGGAGUCUGAUAGACCAGAUGAUUCUUCUAGUUCUACUGAUAUCCAAGAAGUGCCUUCUUCACCAGAAUCAGAUUCAUGCAAUAGUUCCAGUUCAGACAUCAUAAGAGAUCUUCUAGAAGAAGAGGAAGCCUGGGAAGCAUCACAUACAAAUGAUCUUCAAGACACAGAAAUAAAUCCAAGACAGAAUCGCCGCACGAGAGAGGCCGAAAGUGCUGAGAUUGAACCAAGAAAUAAGCGUAAUAGGAAUUAGUGUGAGCUUUUACUGACUUUCUUAAUGCAGUCAGAAUAUGGCACUUUUCAUUGCCAUAGAUAGAGUUCAUAUUU